AAGUAAUGCCUUCUGCAAGUAAAAAAAUCGAAACUACUACAGAAAAAGCUUUUGAAAACGAAACCAGUACAAAAUACAUCAUUACGGAAAAAACUAUUCAAGAAGAACCCCCUGCAAAAGAAACAACUAGACAAGAAUUAUCUCCCAAAGAUAUCACUACAGAAAAAACAACUACUAUAGAAGUGACUAUACAAGAAAUUACUACAAAAGGCAUCACUACAAAGGAAACGACUACAGAAGGAGUAAGUGUACAAAACAUAGCAGACGGUAUAAUUUUAGGAAGAGCCGUUCAAAAAGUAGACAUCAAAGAGGAAAUCACUACAAAAAAUACCGCUCUAUCAGAAAUCACCCCUGAAGAAACGACUACAGAAGUAAUCACUCCAACAGAAAAUACGACAGUAAAAAUGGCCUCACAAGAAACUGCUACAGUAAAAAGUACACCAAUAGAAAUCUCUACAGAGAAGACCCCUCUAGAAGAAAUCACUCCAGAAGAAUCCACCACAGAAAAAAUCACCUCACACGAUACCAUUAAAGAAAACAAUAUAUCAAAAGAAAUUAGUACUGAAGAAACGAUUAUAAGAGAUAUAAAACCUGAAGACACCAGCCCUAGAGAAACAACUGAAGAAGAAAGCACCACAGCAUCCACAACUCCUGAAGAAACCACUCUAGAGGACACCACUCAAGAAGGCACCACUACAGAAAAAACCACACCUGAAGGUACCGCUACAGAGGUAACGACUACAGCAGAAACCAGUACAGUAGACACCACACCAGAAGAAACUACUCCAGAAGAAACCACACCAGCAGAAACCACACCAGAAGAAACGACUCCAACAGAAACCACACCAGCAGACACCACUGUAGAAGAAACCACACCAGCAGACACCACUAUAGAAGAAACAACUCCAGCAGAAACCACACCAGAAGAAAGUACUACAGAAAAAACAACUAAACAACUCCUAAGACAAAAACCGACACCAACAAGAAUUGUGCCAACUAGACGAAGACCUAUCUUUGGAAAGCGACCUAAAGUAACUAAACAAACACCUACCACCACGAGUCCUGCGAAACCUAGACGAACGAGACGUAAAUUAACAAGACCGCUCGUCUUCAUGGGAAACAAAAAUUAAUAAUUAUGGGCUUAACUUACGAAUAUAGUGUAGGCAAGGAUGCAUACUUAAAUAAUUAUUU